GCACCGAUGUACAAAAAUUUACGACCGAAACGGAAGUGCGGUCCAUGUGUAUUGCAGAUAGCUCCAGUACAGGCUAACUAGUGUGAGUUAGCGUGGUGAUUUUAGAAGAUUUACUUCAACUGGAUAUGCAAGCAUAGCUAAAUUAAUUCAGAUAUGUCGGCUUCAAUGAUAAGGAGGGGACUGGAGCUGUUAAGUGAUGAUAUAAAAGCCGUACCUGGGAACAAAAAACAGAAGGCCAGGAAGAAGCAGCCAGUGAACCAGGCUGGAGGACGAGGAGGGGGAGGAGUAAUGGAUCAGAUCAGCUCCAACAGGCAGGGCGUCACCAAGCAGGUUCGCAGGCUGCAGGGGCGGCUAGGGUCAGGCAAGAGCAAGGCUACCGUCAAAGACAAGCGCAUCAGGAGUGCAGUGGACGAGUUUAGGAAAAAACAGAAAUCAAGCCAGCUGAGUAAAAACCUGAGCUAUUUCAUGGGACUGGGAUACAAAGCAGAGCAGUCAGACACACAAAAGAUCCUGCUUCAGAAUAAAGGCCGGCAGUCGCGGAAUCGCCCUGACCCUCCCGUUAAGAAGCAGAAGGAGCAGAGGUCUCUGUUCACUGAGGAGGAGUUCCAGCAGUUCCAGAAGGAGUAUUUUGGUAGAACUGUGGAAGGUGGGAGUAAAUGACGGCCCACGGACCGUCAGGAAGCCGGUGUGAGAAGAGCUGGGAUUAAGCACCAUCUCUGGUUUUGGAUUAAAAUCACCCCCCAUCGGUUCCUUUUUCCAUUUUAAUUUUAAUUAAAAAUGAGUUAACGGGGGACUGCAAAUUAAAGAUUUGACUGUGGAGCUGAGUUUAAGUUGUACUAAGAUCAGUGCUUCAAGUGGGUUAUCUUGAAGAAAUUUUUAUGAUCGGAGAAGGAAAUGCAGAGUUUCAGUGCAGCAUGUGGGCUUUCACUAAAUUCUGCAGUUGAUCAGUGCCUGGGAGCCAUUUUGUGAUCUUGGAUGUUACUGUCGAAUGCUGUUGAGGACAAAGUCAAGAUAUUUCCGAAGAUCUAGUUCAGUGUUUAUUUUUGCCAAUGAGUGUAAAACAUCUAAAAUAUAUUUUGGAGUAUUCAUUUAUGUUUUAGAGGUGUUGUGUAGUUUGCCAUUUUGAUUAAAUAAAACGGCUAAAUGCUAA